AUGGGCGUUUUUUCUUUUGCUGUGCGGAACUGUGCGGACGUGUCGUCGGGAGCUCCGCAAGCGUUCGUGAACGGACUGUCUUGUCGGAUUUACGGCAAGAAAACUAAACCAGAUCCUUUUCAUCAUCCUAACAGUAACGACGGAAACUCGGGGGAAAACCCACCGUCAAACAAGAAAAAGGACCAAAAAAGAAGAAGACGCAGGAAAGCCCCUAGACAAAGGUCCUUGCUGGUGUUUUCUUCAGCAAAACCAGAUUCAUUUGCUUACAUCGGCACGCAACACAGGGUGGUCGGAAGGUGCGGCAAACAAGCCGGAGCGAGGACCGAGGAGCUUGAGCUCAAAACAGCCGGAAGUGCCAAGGUCGUGGGCACGAGUUUGCUGAGGGAUCGGGACAAGGAGCCCGAGGGCGCUGGGAUCGUACGAUCGGUGCUCAGACCGAUGAAAGCUGGGUGGAGGAAAAUUGGCAGUUUCGAGCAUCGCGGGAAAAUCCAGGCGACCGGAAAGAACCGGAUCCAAGAGCCGAACCAGAUCCGGAUCCGCAAGCCAAGGAAGGAACUGGACCGACGAGCCAGACGAGCGGAACCAGAAUCACGGCAGGGGGCGAACCUCGCUCGGAAAAGCGACUCAAGUUUGUCGUGCGCAUGUCGCAGUGCGCAUCUCCAGUUUCCGGGAGCAAGUUCUUCCCUAUCAUACCGCCAUCGAAGCGUGGGAGUCAACCAGCUCUGAUCAGAGCCACCCACGCACGUGUGCCUUUGUGUGGUCCAGUGAUGACCGCUUGUGACCAGGAGGAUGAGCGAUUUUGCUGCACGUUCGACGCCAUUCCGGAGAGGCCUGGAGGCCAAAUGUAAGUGCCCAAAUUACGACCUUUUUAAUUUUGCUAUUUAGUGGGAGGAAUUUCCUGCUCUCAUGAACUGAGCAAAGUGGCAAUGGCCAAAAUAAAAAGCAAAUUAAUUUAAUCUUAAAUACAUGUGAAAUUUAUUAUCGGAAAUAGUUCCGAAAUCUCUUGGGCUAAAUUUAAUGAGCUAGCCGGAGCAAAAGAAAGGGAAGAAGAAAACUUCAAUCUUCUUUCCUUAGCCAACCCCUUUUCUUC